GCAAACAUGGCGGAACAGAGGAGGCUGUCAAGUUCGAAUUUGUCUCACUCUCAAAUAAGUGAAAGCCUCCAAACUGUUGAAGAGUCGUUAUUAGUUGGUGAGAAAAGCUCUCCUGUAGUCUUGGGUAGACAGGAGAGCGUUUUUCUCGCCGAGUCCUCAGCUUCGACUUCUGUAGAAGAUCAAGAAAAUUCAGGUAACUCCAAAGCAUUCAACCAACGGUUUGUGUUCGGGAGUUGUGAAACAAUUCAAAGCGAAAGUGUAGCAGAAUCUGAGAUUCUCACAGAAGAGGACGAUUAUUCAGACGAGUUUGAAUCAGCUGGUUCAAGUCAGGGGGAAUUCUCCACAAAGGUAGGAAAAGAAGACACAUGCAGUUGCGUUACUCACCAAGUUUGUUUAGUCACGAUGGCAGACUGGACAUUGGCAUAAUUUUGUCAGUUAAGGAUUUGUAAUAUUUUCAAGCUUCUCACUAUGAAAGGAUUCCUAAACCUGUUAAUAAAUUAUAUUAUAUAAGACUUAACACUUGCUGCCUAAUUCUUAAUUUUGUUCAGUUUUCCUGUAGUUCUUCAUUAUUUUAAGUUGGUCAAUUUAGUUUACUGUGUAACUCAGAAAACUUGGAAUACCAGAAAUACUUUGGAAAUCUUACUGUUUGGUGCGAUGAAACUAAACCACAAGCAGCAUAGUUGCUAGGUUUGUCAGGUCUGCCUAUGUGUUCCAUCUGUUGGUGGUUUUAUGGUUUGCCUGUGUGUCCUUUUCUUAGCUCUGAUUGGACACUUCACAAUGAACAUUCCUGAAAUAAUUUGGGUGUUCACAGUUUUCUGAGUUUCACUGUCAAUAAGUGUGCUGAAAAUUACUUGAUUGUUUCGUGGCAGGAUGAUGGUGUAGGUCAAGCGACGGAGAUACAAGGGACCUACAUCAGAAAGAAAUUGGCAGCACUGUCAUCAAGACUCGGCUCCAAAACAGAGAAUGUAAGGGGGCAAGUCAAGGAUAAGAAGACAGUUGGUAGGUAAGCUUUUAGUAACUUGAGCUGGUGAUGUCAUUUAACCAACAUCUUCUUGCAGUUGUUUGCCAUUUACAUGGGCAAACCAAAAAACCUGCAAUUUUUUAUGAAGGAGCUGUUUAAGAUAAUCACACUUUUUUUUACUACUAUUGAUAGGUCUUUUUGUUUAUUAUACCUCAUUUUUAGUUUGUGAUGAAAUAAAUAACUUUUGUUCAAGAAAAAUACAAGUACUAAAAGUGAAGAAAUUGAUGACUGAUGGUCCACAAUGUAAGUACCAAGAUUUUAUUUUUAGGAGCUUAUUAAUAGGAAAAGUUGGUAAAAGUCCUUUUACCAACUUGACUAAUCUUGACUGUAACCAAAAGGAUAGAUUGAUUUUCUCUUUACUCCAAAAUGCUGCAAUUAACAUCAGUAUAGCACAUGAGGGUAAUGUUCUCACCACUUGUCCUGUAACACACCCAGUGGGGUUACUCCAGAUUUCAAGUGACAGGGAUGAUUGAAGGAUUUUUUGGGGUUUGAAAAUUUCGAUUUUAGGAUUUUUUGGGGGUAGGAAAAAUUUUGGCAAGUAUUUUUUUGGGGUAGCUUGAUUUAAGUAGGGAUUUCCCAUGUGUCCCAGCAGCAAAGUUAUGCAAAUAAAGUAAAACCAAACUUGUUUUGCGCCUGUUUUAAUAUUUAUCGCAUUACAUUGCAUCUUUUUUCAUAAAUGUUUGAAGCCAUGGGAGGUUUUUGGGUUUUGAUUUUUAGCCCCAUUUGAUCAUCCCUGUUACUUGAAAUCUGGAGUAUUCCCCGCCUGGGGUAACACAUCACCUAAUGACUGUAAUGAUCAAGCUUUAUGCACAUUGUAAUAAUUACAUCAUUGCGAUUGAAUUUACUUUUAAAUUUAAGCGGGUAAACUAGUACUGAGAGUGGCAACUUCCAGGCAAGAAGCUGAUAAGUCUGUUGUAGGGAAUAAAAGGAAAAUUGAAAGUUUAAAGAUUGAAAACUUGAUGAGCAAAACAGAAAAGGUUAGUAGUGUCAGUAAAACAUCAGUACCAUCAAUUGGUCUUGUUAGUUAGUCAGUGUGGCCAUAUAUAUGUUGUAUUCACUUUUCAUGUUCAGUGCAAUUUUCAGGUUCAGAUUUUCACAAAGAUGUUUAAACCAACUAACAGCUAUCUACCAAAAAAUUAAAUUAGAGUGAAAGAAAAAUGUAUCUUGCACCACAAUAAUUAGAAGGAGGGUUGGAUUCAUUUAUUCUGGAAAUUCUGAGAAACAAACACUUUUGGGGGGAAUAUUUUGACAUAGCCUGAGUAAUAUGCCUAGGAGAACAUAGACCAGAGGAAAGGGGGGGGGGGUCUUAUCAUGAGUUCACGAACAACAAUUUUUGUGUUUCACGAGUCACAAAACAAAUAUUUAUGUUUUUGCUCUUCUCAAAAAUAGAGGUCGUACAAAAUGUCAAAUACAUUACUUUAUUCCCAUUUUGUAAAGCUGUAGGUGGGUCUGAGGGCACUGAAGUGUGAAGUUACAUCAAGAGACACAGAAGUGAAGUUAUAUCAAACCACUAGAUGCUAGUUAAGGUCAUUUGGCCAAAUUAACGAUUUCUUUCUUUUGAUUGAUCUUCAAUGUACAUGUAAACAAUCAAGGAUUUUGGCAGUUCAGGUUUCACAGCAUGCCCUUCAAUCACAAUUCACAGAACAGUACUCCAGUAGAUCAUGAUUCACGGACACCAAAAAUGGUCGAUCAAGGUGUCACGAAAAUAAGCUAACCCCCCUCAAAAUAAGGAAAGAAGGAAAGGAAAAAAAUAUUGUCAUUUUCAGCUAGGAGUUGUGAUACUGAUUAGUUUGCUUUUGUGGGCAGCUGUAAUGUUUUAUUCAAAUUCUUUCAGUAACAAGUGCACUGAAUGGAGAGGAGAAGUGUGAGGUCAUGUUACCAUGGUAGCAAAAGUUCUGAAUCUCAACAAUCUUUCUUGGCAGAGACAGCCAUUUGCAUUGUCGAACGAUGGAAGAAAGGGCUACAGUUUUGUUCUUGAGUGCAAUAAUUGCAUAAUUAUUAUGCACAGGAAAAGUCAUACAUGUAAUUUUUGUCAUUUUUUUCCUGCCACGUUUGCAGGGCCACAGGCUGUUGAGAUCAAGAAAUUUUGCUACCUUGUCGACGUGAUGUAACGACUUUUCCUCUGUAUUAAUUUUCUUUUUUCCUUUAACAUUCUUUUUUUAGCUCGUAAAACAGAAGGAUUUUCAUGACCCACAAGACUGCACUGACUGCAGGUACUGUAUGAGUAUCAGGGCAUAUCAUCUUGUGUCAGAUGGUCUUGUAGAAUAACUGGUGUCUGAGAAAGCUUGACUCUCUAGUGUGAGGUUUGUGCAAGUUAAUACAGGCUACAGUAAGGGUGUGAGGCGGGGGAGUGGGGGAAGUGGGGAAUUAAAAAUUUACUGCUUCUGUAAAACAUCAUACUAGAGAGCCUAGACUUGACUGCUAUGGUUAUGGUUGUAUCACUGGUUUCUCCAGAAAACAAGCGUGCACAUGUAUCGGAAACUUCCAUUUGACCUUGAGCGCAUACCACCACCUGGUUAGAGCUCAGUUGGAAAAGAACCAGAAUGCCGAGAAGGAGGAUGUGGGUUUAAACUGUGACUGGAGCAUCAACAAAUAACUGGCAAGAUCACGCUGGCUGUGAUUUAAAGACUUUGUCUUAGUUUAGUUGAUCAUGCUUCUGGGCAGUGAUGUUAAGCUAUUGGCAUUGACUCCUUUGAUUAUCCUUCUUUCAUUAGUCAAUUUUAGGAGACGUACAAAGAUCCCACAUCAUGGUCAGAAAAGAGUAGUGAAAGUUUCCUGUGGUGUGGACGACUAACUCACUGCACAUGUAAUUCGUAUCAUGGGCUGGGUGGGUUAUAUAAUGGCAAUGGUCAUUUUGUAUGCUGAAUGUCCAAACUUACUGCUAAACAUGCAUGUUACUUAUAUAAAGCCAUUUCAAUAACCUGUUACUUUCUUCUAAAAAGCUCUAGCGACCUUUCAUGGCAUGAUAAUAUGAGGGUUUUGAAAAUAAUUAUUGCUCUUUUAGGAACAUGAAAUCUAACAUUGCAAGAACUGAAUUCUUGAAGAGAAAGAUGGAGGUAGUUAAGAGACCAGAAUUUGAAGACAGGCUUCAGGAGCACUUGUAUAAGAAGGUAUUUUAUACCCAAACUAAACUAGUUCAAAAAACAUAUGUCAUUAAUUUCAUGAAUCCCUCAAAUCUUAGGGCUAGAGUAACUAUGUUGGGGGUAAGAAUUUUUAUUAUUUUCUUGAUCAGUAACAUAGUAGCCUGUGUUACAGCUGGCUAACACAUCGUCUAAACCACUUGAAUGUAUAGUCUGUCAGCGAAUUAGUGUACAAAAGCUUGUUCUAAUAUCCUGCAAAGUCGCAUAGACAUAUGCAUGAAUGUUCCUGAUAGGCGGGUUUCAUAUGCGCCUCAUAUGUGUGCGUGACGGUUGGGCACAGUGACAUGUCAAAAUUCACAGAGGGGAGUUGGUAGGAUCGUUUACAGUAAACAAUGAAAGAGCAUUUUGCACUUGAAAGCCUUCUUCUGAACAAAAAAAAUGCUUUGAGAGAAUUCCUUCAAGGCCAGACUUUGCUUGUAAAUUUGCUGACUGGGUUUCCAGCAUCUUCCAAUCACUGCAGAUGCACUGCUGCACACUGUGCAAUCUAGCCGACAAUUCUAGCGUCAAAACAAAUCAGGAAAUCAUGAUCUUCAUCGCCGAAAAAAAAGCUUCUCACAUGUAGCCAUUCAGGUCCAGGCAUUUCAGAGAAAACCAAAGAAACUAAGGAUCAUUAUUUUAAUGGUAAACUGCAUCUGUGAUCAAAUCCUGUCAGAAAACAUCUGCAGAAACAGGAACUAAUAUGUACCAGCCCAAACAUCUUUUCAAGUAGCCCCAAAAAUGUUUUGAUGAGCAGAUUGAUUUCACAGUACUUCUGUAAUUUGAAUUCCUCAAAAAACUUCACUUGCCCGUUGGGCAAGUUAAUAACAGAAUUCACUAGCCCGAUGGCAAAAUCAUUAGCCCCGGGCUAUCAGACACUACUUUCUUUGCACGCUAAAGCUAACAUCUAAUAAGUCUAAGAAUGAAAUGUGAUGCUAGUCAUGAUUAUAAAGAGCUAGAACCUUGUGAACCAAUGUAACAACUAAUAUAUUUAAAAAGUUAUUCUUUCCUAUUUAUGCUUACAGGACUCAGCUACCCUUAUUGCGGACAUUGUAAAUUCUUGUACAAAGACAACUGUUCCUGCCAGUGAAGUGUGGCAAAAAUUUCUCUGUAAAGGAGACAGCAAUAACAGUUAA